AUGGAAGCAUCUGUCCCCGUCGGGGGUAUCUCGGUGGCUCUCCUCUGCUGCAGCCUCCUGAGUUCUGCGUGGGCUCUGGUCGACCCUGAUGAUGUCCUCACAAAAGAAGAGCAGAUCUAUCUACUGGUGGAGGCUAAGGAGAAAUGUCAGGGAGACAUAACAGCCCAGCUGGAGAAGAUCAAAGACACCAGCUGCCCUCCAGAGUGGGAUGGGAUCAUCUGCUGGCCAAAGGGCUCCCCCAGCCAGGAGGUGUCCGUGCCCUGCCCCGACUACAUCUAUGACUUCAACCAUAAAGGUCACGCCUACAGGUACUGCAGUGCCUAUGGGACCUGGGCCGUGGCUCUCAGCACCAACAAGACCUGGGCCAAUUACUCCGAAUGUGCUCCACUCUUCUCCCCCGAGGGCCGCAGCCGCCAGAAGGAGGUGUUUGACCGCCUGCACCUGAUGUACACCGUUGGCUACUCCCUCUCCCUGGCCUCCCUCAUUGUUGCUGUCUGCAUCCUUUCGUACUUCAAGCGCCUGCACUGCACACGCAACUACAUCCACGUCCACCUCUUCACCUCCUUCAUCUGCCGGGCCCUGAGCAUCUUCGUGAAGGACCUGGUGCUCUACUCGGGGCCAAUGGCCAGUGAGGCAGAGAAGGUCCAGGAGGACGACUUCAAGGCAGAAAUGGGUCCCUCGGCGGGACAGCGGAGUCACCUGGUGGGCUGCAAGGUGGCAGUGACCUUCUUCCUCUAUUUUCUGGCCACCAACCACUACUGGAUCCUGGUGGAAGGUCUCUACCUGCACAGUUUGAUCUUCAUGGCCUUCCUCUCCAACAAGAACUACCUGUGGGUCCUCAUCAUCAUUGGCUGGGGUCUCCCUGCUGUGUUUGUGUCUGUCUGGGCCAGCGUCAGGGCCUCCCUGGCUGAUACACAGUGCUGGGACCUCAGUGCAGGGAACAUGAAGUGGAUUUAUCAGGUCCCCAUCUUGGCUGCCAUUGUGGUGAACUUCUUCCUCUUCCUCAACAUUGUCCGAGUGCUGGCCUCCAAGCUCUGGGAGACAAACACAGGGAAGCUGGACCCCCGGCAGCAGUACAGGCAACUGCUGAAGUCCACACUGGUGCUGAUGCCCCUUUUUGGAGUCCACUACGUGGUGUUCAUGGCCAUGCCCUACACGGAAGUCUCCGGGGUGCUGUGGCAGAUCCAGAUGCAUUACGAGAUGCUCUUUAACUCCUCUCAGGGUUUCUUCGUGGCUUUUAUCUACUGCUUCUGCAACGGGGAGGUGCAGGCAGAGAUCAGGAAAGCUCACUUUCGGAGGAGCCUGGCGCUGGACUUGAAGCAGCAGGCUCGUGCCACCAGCGCAGGGGGCAGCUGCUGCUGUGGUGGGCUGGCCUCCCAUGCCACCACCAGCUUCAGCCUCAGCCUGGCAGGGCGAGGGGCAGGGAGCACACAGCAGCGAGGGCUGCUGCUCCCUGCCCGUGCCAGCCUGCCAGGCUACGUCCCCAGCUCCUUCGCCUCGGGGAACUUUUUGCCCUGCCCACCCCAGGCUGUGAGCCAGGAAGCCUGUGGGAAAAACAGAGUGGACUUGACAGACCUGAACCAGCAUCACCCCAACCUGAACAAAGAGCUGGAGACAAUGCUGUGA